UCGUUUAUACUUGGCGAUAUGUAAAUAACAAAUAAAUAAUAAUUAUUGGACACGUACGUUCACUACGUAUAAGACUAAGUACUUUAAAUAGUGUGCAGGCGAAUACGAAUCAAAAAAUCAUAAUUAAAAUAUAUAUUAUUUACGCAGACUUUUACAAGUAUUUUUGAAUCGUUUUUUUUAUUCUAAUAUUUUAAAUAUAAAACCGCCAUUGGCUUGGAAUGUAGAUGUAACGAGAAAAAUCGGCCAAGAAAACAGUAGGCAUUCACUUAAAUGAUAAAGUUAUGUUAAUCAAUUAUGAAUGAACGACCACAUCUAGAACGUUUGUAAAAAUCAUUAAAUUACUGAAGUCGUUGUUUGCUCAUGUUCGCUCGUGUGUUUGCUUAAAGUUGCAGUGUACUACUACCGUUGACGAUCAGACAGUCACGCGUACUCCACGUACCAAACGACACACGUUUGUCUUUUUUAUGUUUUCUGUUAUAAUUUCAAAUAAAGUAUUUUCAAUAUUAAGCUCGGAAAUAUUUUCCAGCGUUUUCAAAGAUUAUUUAACUUGUGUUUUUUUUAAUUGUCUCUCAAUAUGACGACUAAUGGACAUUCAUUUUUGGAUAAAAUUAUUGGGAUCCUAAAGGAAGAAACUGCUGAUCAUGUUCCGCUAAUUAAUUUUAAGCAUCCGAAGGAGUUAGAGGAAACAUUGAGCGAUGAUUUGGAUAUCUCGACACCAGCAAGUGACUACGAACUCGAGAGGACCGUGCGGAAGAUGCUACAGUAUAGCGUGAAAACGAACAAAGCUACUUUCAGAAACCAAUUAUUUGGUGGAACAGAUCCUUAUGGCCUUGCAGGAUCUUGGAUUUCCGAGGCUUUUAAUACGAGUCAGUACACGUUCGAAGUAGCACCAGUUUUCACACUCGUAGAAAUGAAAGUACUCAAACAUAUUCUGAAGUUAUUUGGUAUUCCUGACGGUGAUGGCAUAUUCAGUCCCGGAGGAAGUAUUUCAAUGCUGUACGCAUUGGUUGCUGCUAGGUUUAAAGCCUUUCCAGAAAUAAAGGCUAAAGGCAUGCGGAAUCUUCCAGAAAUGGUCAUUUUUUCUUCUGAAGAUAGUCAUUAUUCAAUCAUGAAAGCAGCUCAUUGGCUCGGUUUCGGUACAGAAAAUGUUAGAAUAAUAAGAACCAAUGAUUUUGGUCAGCUGGUUGCAGAAGAACUAGAAGUGACUAUCCAGAAGGAGUUGGCUCUGGGAAGAUAUCCCGUACUAGUGAAUGCGACCGCUGGCACGACAGUACUCGGAGCUAUUGACGAUUUAGACGCCGUUGCCGAUAUAUGCCAGAAAUACGGGAUUUGGAUGCAUGUUGAUGCAUGUUGGGGUGGAACUUUAAUAUUGUCGAAUAAAUUACGAAACAAACUGAAAGGAAUUGAACGUGCAAAUUCAAUAUCAUGGAAUCCCCAUAAAAUGAUGGGGGUACCAUUGCAGUGUUCAGCGUUUCUGCUCCGAGAGAGAGGGUUGUUGCAUGAGGCGAAUGCUGCAGCCGCGCAAUAUCUCUUUCAACAGGACAAGUUCUACGACGUACGUUACGAUACAGGGGACAAGAGCGUGCAGUGUGGGAGAAAGAUCGACGCGUUUAAGCUUUGGAUGAUAUGGAAAGCUCGCAGCGACACUGGUCUCAGCCAUCUUGCUGAUCGUGUCAUGGAAAUAGCUGAGUUUUGCCUAGGCGCAGUCGCUCGUAAGGAUGGCUUCAGACUAGUAACCGCAUCAUUACAAUGUCCAAAUGUCUGCUUCUGGUACAUACCCACAUUCAUGAGGAAUGGGGACGAAGACGAUGAAUGGUGGGAUAAAAUGCAUAAGAUCACACCGAAAAUUAAGGAACUUCUCACGAUAAAUUCUCGUUUGAUGGUGGCCUAUUCCCCAUUACGUCAUCACAAGAAUUUCUUCAGACUUGCCUUUACUUUUCAUCCGAUACUAGAAGAAAAACAAGUUCUGGAUAUGCUACAAUCUAUUGAAGAUUGCGGAGAAAUGGUGACAUUAUCAAUGCUUUGAUUUCUAGUGAGAGAUUUAUAUUUAAGUUUUAA